UAGCAUUGAAAUUAGAAAAUUUAUCUUGUUCCCAUCCGGCAACUCAUUUCUGGCUGCAAUCGAGCCAACGCGACAACCACCAUCCCACAAGUCGCAGCUCCUUGUGAUUCGGCAGCACUCGUCUUCUAGGCGGCAGCGGCAACGGCGGGCAACCCCUUUAUUUUAUCCGGUGAUCUUCUUUCUCGGAUCUAUUUAUCCUCACUCUCCCAACUUCCAAAACCUUCAUGCCGGAGACUUUUACCAAGAUGGUUUCUGGUAUCCAGAAAAAGAGCACAUAGCCCAAGCAAGCAUUGUGUAUGUCAAUUUUUAGAUAUUUUAAGAACUCAGAAGGGAUUGGAAAGUUUUAUUUUUCAGAUUAAACAAUUAAUUCUUCUCCCUGGCCAAGGCUUAUUGUUAUGUUCCAAGCUGUCUUUGCAUAUGUUUUUUCUUCAAUUGCACUUCUACCCAUUUCACCGUUCUAUUCCGGCGUGUGCAUAUGUAUAUAUUGGUAUAGUGCGUAUUAUAUUCCGCCUAGCUAGUCGUGAGUUUGUAACGUAACGUUGUAUUAAAAAUGAGGACCAUUGGAGAUGAUAAAUGAUUUCAACCCUCUAUACAUCCACGUUAGCUUCACAAGCCGUUUACACGGAUGAUGUGUCCACUUUUUAGGAGGUGCAAUCCACAUCUCUAUUGGAGAUGCUCUAAGCCUUAUUUCCCAAAUAUCUUCAUGGUAUCACAACCCUCAAUCAUUUAGAUUGAUUCGAUCCUAUUUUUUUUUUUUUGCUUUCGGCAGCCUAGCAAUUCAUCAACAUGUCUUCUCCAUCUCCGUCCAGUAACCUUAUUCCUUCUGAUACAGUUCCACAACUAAUCUCCCUAAAUGCUUCCUCCCAAAUUCCCACCAAACUCUCCAAAGAUGGCUCUAAUUAUUCAUCAUGGAAAUCCCAGUUAACCAUGUUGAUGGCACCACUCCGUGUCCGGCCUCCACUGAUCCAAACUACAAUUUUUGGAAACGACAAGUUUCCUCGUGCAUGGUACCGUGAACUUCGGACUUAUCUUCUACAAUCUGGUUUUCACAACAGUAAAAGUGACACCUCACUUUUCAUCUUUCAUAUGGAUGGUUGCUUUCUCCUGCUCUUGGUUUAUGUGGACGACAUUAUCAUCACCGCCAACAAACCUGCCAUUUUAUCUUCAUUUAUUACUAAAUUGGCAUCCCAGUUUUCUUUAAAGGAUCUAGAUGCCUUAUCCUACUUUCUUGGUCUUGAAGCACUCCGCACUCCAUCAGGCCUUCUUCUCACUCAACAGAAGUAUAUACGUGACCUUCUCACCUGUGCGCAUAUGGUUGAUGCUAGUCCUACACCUACUCAACUUUCUCCUAAUGAUGUUCUCACCCUUCAUGAUGGGACUCCUCCACAUGACGCAACUGAAUAUUGUAGCAUUGUUGGUGCACUUCAAUAUUUGUCCUUCACACGGCCAAAUAUCAAUUUUAUUGUCAACAAACUAGCACAAUUUAUGCAUUGUCCUUCUUCCGGACAUUGGCAGGCCAUCAAACGUGUUCUCCGUUAUCUCAAAGGCACUCCCCACUUUGGCAUUUUUUUGGCGGCUGACACUCCUUUCUCCUUACAUGCCUUUGCAGAUGCUGACUGGGCCGGUGACACUUACACUCGUCACUCAACGUCUGCAUAUGUGCUCUUCUUAGGCCGCAAUCCUAUUAGUUGGAGCUCAAAAAAAUAGACCACUGUUGCUCGCUCAUCCAUCGAGGCCGAAUACCGUGCCAUAGCUUCUGCCACCGCCGAACUUAUGUGGAUUCGCCAUCUUCUCCAAGAGCUUCACAUUCCAGCCCAACAACCACCCACAGUUUAUUGUGAUAAUUUGAGUGCCACUUAUGUUUGUGCUAAUCCUGUUUUCCACUCUCGUAUGAGCACGUGGCUAUUGACUUUCAUUUUGUGCGUGAACAAAUUGCCAAUGAUCACCUUCGUGUAAGUCACGUUAAUACACACGAUCAACUUGCUGAUUCUCUCACCAAGCCACUUGCUCGUCACCAUUUUUUAUCCCAUCGGUCCAAGCUUGGUGUCCGUUCCGGCCCACUCUCUCUUGCGGGGGCAUGAUAGAUUAAUAUUAUUUAAUCAUUAUUUGUAAUUAUCUCUUUAAUAUUUACUUGUACUUAUCUAUACUUUUGUACUAGUAUUCCUUGUAAAUAGGAGAGCUAAACAUGCUCCCUAAUUUAAUAUAAAUACGUGGCUAUAGCUAUCAAAAGGCUAAGCCUUAUUUCCCAAAUAUCUUCAAAACGCUGGUCGGUAAUAAGAGGAUUCUGUUGGAAAUAUGUUGAA